AAAUGAUACAGGUUUAAAGUCCACCAUGGGGAGCACAGACUCAGACACAUAUUCGAGAGUUUUAAAGAAUUAUAUUCUUCCAUUCAGUGUGUCAGCGGCAGCAUUUGGAGCUCUGUUUGUUUUAAGAAAAUUUGGCAUAAUUUACCAAUUGUUUAACAAGGUUGAUAAAACAACAAAGAGAAAUGGUGGAGAUAUUGUUGGAGAAGUUUUAAAGGCACAUGGAGUGAAAUAUGUAUUUACCUUAGUUGGAGGACAUAUCUCACCUAUCUUAGUGGCUUGUGAAAAGUUAGGAAUGAAAGUUAUAGAUACAAGACAUGAGGUAACAGCUGUUUUUGCUGCGGAUGCUGUUGCUAGGAUGUCAGGAACAGUGGGUGUUGCAGCUGUCACAGCAGGUCCAGGUUUGACAAACACAGUUACAGCAGUGAAAAAUGCCCAGAUGGCUGAAUCACCAGUAUUGUUAAUAGGUGGGGCUGCAGCUACACUACUUAAGGGAAGAGGUGCACUACAGGAUAUAGACCAGAUGUCUUUAUUUAAACCUUUAUGUAAAUACUGUGCUACUGUCACGAAAGUUAGAGAUAUCGUUCCUACAUUGAAAACUGCUUUAAAUGAGGCCCAGUCUGGCACACCAGGUCCUGUUUUUGUUGAGUUUCCCAUUGAUGUAUUAUAUCCGUAUGACAUUGUUUACUCACAGCUUGGUGUGAAGGAGACAGGACCUGUAAGUCUUGUUCAACGAAUAAUUAAUUGGUACUUACGUAAUCACAUAUCAAACUUGUUUGCUGGAGCAUUUGAAGAGAGAGACAAAAGACCAAUAAAACCUGUCAUCCCUAAAGCUUCAUCUUCACAAGUACAAAAAAGUAUUGAACUGAUAUCAAGAGCCAAGAGACCGCUGAUACUUGUAGGAAGUCAAGCUACAUUACCGCCUGUGCCUGCAGAACAAUUAAGGAAAUCUUUAGAGAAAAUAGGGAUUCCUUGUUUCCUAGGCGGUAUGGCCAGGGGACUUCUAGGUCAGUACAGUCCAAUACAACCCAGACAGAAGAGAGGAGAAGCUCUGAAGGAGGCUGAUGUAGUUAUAUUGGCAGGUGCAGUUGCUGAUUUCAGACUGAGCUAUGGAAGAACUUUUAGUAGAAAAUCAAAAAUAAUAGCUGUUAAUAGAAACAAAGAACAAUUACUUAAAAAUUCGGAUAUGUUCUGGAAGCCUACUAUUGCUAUAGAAGGAGAUGUAGCCAGCUUUAUAACAGAAUUAGCUGAUGGACUGAAAGGAUUUAAAUGUGACCAAGAAUGGAUCCAGAAACUAAAGGACAAAGAUAAUGACAAAGAAAAUGUUAAUAGGGAAAAGUCUAAAGAGAAAACAGAGAAACACCUUAAUCCUUUGAAAGUUUUAAUGGAGGCAGAGGAAGUUAUGUCAGAUAAAACAGUUAUGGUGGCAGAUGGAGGAGAUUUUGUUUCCACAGCAGCCUACAUACUUAGACCUAGAUCCCCAUUACAUUGGUUAGAUCCAGGAGCAUUUGGAACACUUGGAGUAGGAGGAGGAUUUGCUUUAGGAGCUAAGUUAUGUCGUCCAGACUGUGAUGUAUGGAUAAUCUAUGGCGAUGGUUCGCUAGGAUACAGUAUUGCAGAGUUUGACACAUUUACCAGACACAAGAUACCAGUGAUAGCUUUAGUUGGUAAUGAUGCAGCCUGGACACAGAUAGAGAGAGAACAGUUACCAAUGUUUGGAAGUAGUGUUGCAUGCAAACUUGAUUACUUGAAUUAUGAAACCGUUUCUGUUGGUUAUGGUGGUAAAGGAUACAGAUUAGAUCGCAGUAACGAGGAUAAAAUUAAAGAGGUUCUACAUCAAGCCAUUAAAGAUAGUAGGGAAGGACACAGUGUACUUAUUAAUGCUCUCAUUGGUACAACAAACUUUAGAGAAGGCAGUCUUUCUGUGUAAUGCUGACUUGUACAAGUUAAUAUGAACAAUUAUUAUAUUGAAGUAAAUAUUAGUUUUGCAUUCCUUGACAAUGAAAAAGACUGUUAAUUACUGAAUCAUAUGUAAGUUUCUUGUUUAUUGAUUUCAUUGCAUUAUAUCUUUUUUUAAACUUCCUUUUCAUAUGUUUCCUUUGAACCACUUGACUAAUACAGACAACCGUUUUUUAAAAAUGAUCCUAAACCUAACCCCACUUUAUUGGAGUCAGUUUUACUAUAGUUACGAUCCUAAUUAAAAGUUUUCAUCCAAACUAAAAGAAUCAAAUUAGUGAAUUGAUGUUUGAAAACUGCUGCUUUCCUUUAAAAUUCUAUUUGAUAGUACAUAGAUGUAUUCUCCAAUCCAUCAAUAUGUUUUCGUCUGACAUUAUUCAUUGAUAUCUAAGUUACAGGUUCAUGUCUGUCAUCCAAAUGUUAUUUCAAAAAGUCAUUAGUUAAUCAAUUAAUUGUUUUCCUAUUUAUUGAAGACAGUGUGUUUGUUAGGGGUACUACUUAUAUCUGUAGUGCUUAUUUCGUAUUGUUCAAGGGUAUUAUACAGUUAUAAAUUUUUCUGUACUUUUGCUUUAAAAGUAUCAUGACUUGUAUAUUUCUCAGAGUGUAAAGAACAUUUCUUUUAUUGUUAAUAUUUUUAAGUAGAUCAUACAAUGGUUAGUCAAAGUAGAUGUAAUGUGUAUGCUUAAAUACAAGUCUUGAAAUUAAGUUUUAUUGAAUACUGUGAUAUUUUAUACUAAAAAUAAACCUGAUAAGUAGCAGUGUAAUUGAUAUUUUAUUCUAUGAACAAUAUACAGUUUUUUUUAUUAUUUACACUUCUA